AUGUAUGUGAAAUGGUUUGAUACAGUAAUGUUUUACUAUGUGAUUUUAGUGAAUGUCACUUUUUGUCAUUUUCACUUUUCCCGCCAUUCCGUCCCCACGUAUGUCCCGACGUUGCAGGGGACGGAACCCAGAUGACAGAUGCUGGCAUCUGCCGGAGGACAUUGCCGGGGACACUGCAGGAGGGACAUCGUGGGAGAAGGACAAGGUAAGAGAAGAACAGAUCCCGGAGCAGCGCCGCAUGGUAAUCCCGAGUGUAGCUCAGGGUUACCGCUUGUGCUACACUCGGGAAUACCGCCAGGGAGGU